AUGAAGGCCUUCGCGGUGUACGUAGUGGUCGCUGCGCUGUGCGCGGGCGCGUCCGCGCGCAGCCUGCUGCAGCUGCCUGGGGGUGCUGCGACCCAGACUGUGCUGAGCGAGUACGGAUCAAAGACUGCUGACACGAUCAUUGCAAAGGGCGGCGACCAGAACGCGGCAAACCUGGCCGCCAAGCAGGUGGCGGAGGCAGCCACCAACGGCGCCAAGAACGCCGCCGCGCGCCCCGGCACCACGGACGCCCAGAUCGCCGCCGCUGCCCGCAACGCCGCCGCCGCCGCCCUCAACAAUGCCGUGGCCAACCUGCCAGCAAUCUCCAAGACUGCUAACCCCAGUGGCGUGACCGGCCUCAAGAGCGAUGUGCAGUCUGUGGUCAGCUCGGUCUCCCAGAAGGCCGCUGAGAACGUGGUGAAGCAGGGCGGCAGCAAGGACGAGGCCAACAGGGCCGCCCAGGCCGCCGCAGGCGCCGCUGUCUCCGCCGUGAACGCCGCGCAGAAGCAGGGCAACUCCUCCAACCUCGCGAAGGUCGCAUCGACGGCCGCGGCGCCCGUGGUGGACGCGUUUGCAAAGGACAAGGACGCCAAGCCCUCCGUCAGCCCUGCUGCUAAGCCUGCGCGCGCUGCGGCAGCCCCCGCCGCCGCCAACGCGACCGCCGGCAACACCACCACCGCUGCUAAGGCUGCAACCCCAGCCAGCGCCACGAACACCACCGAUGACGUCGCCAACGCCACCGAUGGCAUCGCCGCAGCCACUGCCAACGCGACAGAGGCCGUCACCGUCGCUGCUGCCAACGCGAGCGCCGCGGUGGCGGCGGCCGCCAACACGACCUCCCCUGCCUCCGCUUCCCCUGCAUCUGGAUCCCCUGCCCCGGCCACUACUGCCCCCAAGAGCAGCGCGAGCCGCGCUGCCGCCGGAGCCGUCACUCUGGUUGUGGCUGGGCUCCUGGCUCUUGCCCUGUAA